AUGUUAAGGACGUCUUAUAGAAAUUUGCUUAGAUUAUCAUCACUUGGCAUCUUUGUUACAAGGAUUGAAAGUGGCAUUCCAUCGCUGAAUGAGAUCAAAAAAACAGAAGAUGAUUAUCACCCAUCGAAAUAUACGAUUUUAGGCAACAAACGGAAGGAUCCAAUGCAUUAUACCGACAGAAAAGUAGGUCGAGGUUACUGGAAUUUCUCGAAUACUAUUUUUCACUCACGUCCAAAGAUCCAUCCAAAAACAUCGAAAGGGAUAAAGCUGAAUUUUUAUUUAAUUACUAUUCUUUCACUCGGUUUGUGCAUUGAUUACGAUUGGCUUGGAUAUCAAAUCAAGAAAUUCGAAAUAACAAAUUUUUGUCCAGAAGUUGCUGGUUACGACCCAUGA